CUCCUCUCCGUUCUAUUAGUGCGCCAUGACUGCCGCGACGUCCGGCCCCUUGUUGCGCCCGCUGCUGGCCGCCUGCUUCUCCGCCAGCGUGCACGGCGGCCGCGUGAUCCGCGAGGUGGUGCAGCAGCACGUGGCGCUCGACAUGGUCAACAAGCAGGAGGGCGCCUACGAUCCGCAGACGGUGGCUGACCGCCGCUCGCAGCAGCGGAUCAUCCACGCGCUGCGCGAGGCCUUCCCGCUGCUGACCAUCGUGGGCGAGGAGGGCGAGCUCGCCCCGCCCGCCCCCGAGGACGUGGUCAAGUGCGACCUGCACGCGCUGGACGACGUGGACUUCGAAGGCGGCGAAGACGCGCAGAACCGCGCGCUGGGCUGGAACGACCUCGUGCUGUGGGUCGACCCGCUGGACGGCACCAAGCGCUUCGCCGCCAAGCUCUACGACGAAGUGUCGGUGCUCAUCGGCAUCACGUACAAGCAGCGUCCCAUCGCGGGCGUCGUCCACCUGCCCUUCCACGGCGAGCACGGCGUCACCUACUGGGGUGGCCCGGAUGUUGGCGUGUUCCGCAGCGAGCACGAGGAGAGCGAAGCCCAGACGACGCACGCCAAGUUCCCCAAGCAGACGCCGACGUUCCCGCAGCGCUCGCUGGUCUGCACCGUGUCGUCGACCAACUGCGACCUCGUGAACAGUGCCAUGCGGCUGCUGGUCCCCUCCUCGAUCCUGACGGGCGGCGCUACUGGUACCAUGGUGCUCGGAGUGAUCACCGGCCACAGCGACGCCUUCUUCCGCUUCAAGGCGGCAACCCGCAAGUGGGAUAUUUGCGCGGUGGAGCCUCUAAUCGAGGCCCUCGGCGGCAAGCUGACUGACACACAGGGCAACGAGUACGUGUACGACCACGUCGCCAACGCGCCCGACUUCGACAACGAGCGCGGACUGCUGGCGUGCGUUGAGCCCGAGGCACAUCAAACGUUGCUGAACGUCAUGGCCAAGGUCAAUCUCACCAGUGCGCUGGAUGGCCGCGAGUUGACGCCGCAGUGGUUUCAAGAGUGUGUUUUCCCUGGGCGAAAAGUGACGGCAGUGCACGUCGUGCCCAGAUCCAUCCACCGAGGCAAGCACUCGGCUGUCGCGAAACUCGAUGUCUAUUUUGCAGACAAUGGCAGCAAAACCACCGUGUUCCUGAAGAAGUCCGUGAAGAACGACCUCCCCGCGCGAUCGGCUGCACACUGGAAACGGGAUAUCGCCUCGUAUUGCAACGAGGCCACAUUUUAUUCGCAUUUCGCGAGUGUUGUUCAUGCGCGAGGAGUAUCGCUGAUCCGACCGCUCGCAGUGUUCCAGAGCAAUGCUGCUGGCCAAUGUACGGCCAACAUGGUUGCAGCCACGGCCAGCGAUGCAGAGCAUGCAGCUACGUGCUCAUGUCCGGAAAACUUCAUGAUGCUGCUCGAGUGCCUGGGAUCAGCGUCUCCGGCAUCGUCUGCGGCGGACGAGUCCUGCUCGCUGGCCAACUACGAGGCCGCUGACUGUCUUGAGCUCGCAGACACCCGCCAAGCAUUGAGCUACCUUGCGGAUCUCCACGCGUCGGCUUGGGGUCAAGAAGAUCUGCUCGAAAAUGCAGCUUCGGAGCUUUGGUCUGCUGCCUGCUGGUGGGCAUUUCCGAAGCGAGGCGACAAGGAACUCGCCCAGGCGUCGGAGAUUUGGUCGCAGAUGCUUAGUCACUGGCUCAAGGUCUUUGAAGCUGAGUCAUCGUUACCAUCGACAGCAGGGCUCGAGUCUCUGGGCGAGCGCAUGAUCGAGGAAGCUGCGUACAUCAGCAACUGUCUGUCCGUCGACGCCAACCCGGAGUUGAGAACGCUGGUGCAUGGCGACUUCAAAAGCGCCAACCUGUUCUUCGAGGCGACAUCGCGCAAGGUGGUGGCCUUCGACUGGCAGUGGAGUGGCGUGGGGAUCGGAGCCAUGGACGUGGCCAACCUGCUCAACACGUCGGUGAGUAUCUCUCUGCUCGCCAGCGACGAGCACGAGCUUGAGCUGCUGCGGUUCUACUACGACUGCCUCAGCGAGAGACUGCAGGCGCUUGGGGCCACGUCUGACUUGCAGAAGAGCUACCCGUUCGAAGCCUUCGAGCGCCACUACAUGCUGGCCUCGCUCGAGUACGCACGCUUGCUGAUCUCCAACUUUUGGAAGCUCAUGACGCCCGAGAGCUGCGCGGCCAAGGCCGGUAACGCCAACUGCGGCCUCGGGUACAGGUCGGCCCCGCAUGUCGUGCGCAUGGUGCGCAAGCUGCACCAGGGACUGGAACGCGUCAAGGCGGAGCGUGUGAUGCUCGAUGCGCUCGGAUCGCUCGUGGGGCUGGUCGGAUUCUAAACACUUUCUAGCCGGCCCCACUCUAGUCGCGCCUCUUACUUGUGUACAUGCACGCUGCGCUCGACUUGCUACGGCGACGUUAAAACUUCUCAUAAAAACUUGGUUCUUCUCUCGGGCGUGCGUGGUUGGGUUGGUACUUCACUGGAGUCUUCAGGUCAUGCUGAAGUGCGAGAACGGCACGUGGUUCUCCUGCUCGGCGGCCUCGCGCUCCGCGUCCUGCUGGUAGUACGCUCGUCGCAGCGCGUUGGCCGAGCGCGACGUGGUGAGCAUGUUGGGGCCCACGAAGUCCCGCGGCGUGACGGUGCCGUCCUCGCUGAAGCUAAAGCUGCUGCGCGAGCUGAUGCUCGGCGACAGCGGAGCCUUGGCCACUUCGUCGUACGAGUUGAGGUUGGCCAGGAACUCAAUGUACUCGGGGGCCUCGCUGGCCGCCGGGUGGGCCUCGAUGGCCGUGAGCACGCGCUCCAGCGCGAGCCGCUUCUUCUGCAGGGCCGUCUGCGUCUCGCCCACGAAGAAGGUGAGCAGGCUGUCGUUGGGCAGCUUGGGCAGCGACGACUUGCCGCCCUUGGUCAUGAGCGGGGCCACAGCCUCGUGCAGCCGCUUGAAGUCCUCGAAGCUGCGGCGCACCGCGUACGACUGCGUCGUGCAGGGCCGCGAGGCCAGCUUGGAGACGUCCGCGGCGUCGCGCUUCUUGAGGCGGGUGGCGCUGGCGUUGGGCGCCGCGUUCUCCUCGCCGAACGAGCGCGUGACGUGCAGCAGGUAUCGCCAGGUGCCGGUCUUGCGGUCCUGCACGAGGCCGCG